CUGGCGCGUAGGGCUGUAAAAGUGGUUGGAGGACGGAACUGGCCAGUCUCAUUGACCAAACCUCUAUAUGCUCAUCGGGGAUCCGGGAAGGCGCCCUCGUAGCGCAUCUUUCUUGCUUUUUUAUUUUUAACUCCACGAGACGCCUCCACCGGCGCGCGAAAGCCCCGGGUCUUUGGGCGCCACCGCCCACCUGAGGCUCUUCCGCUUCCUGUUUUCCUAGGCUCCGCCCCCAGCGUCCCGUGGCCAUGACGACGGCUCCUCAGGACUCGGUGGUGUGGAAGCUCGCGGGGCUGCUGCGGGAGUCCGGGGAUGCGGUCCUGUCUGGCUGUAGCACACUGAGCCUGCUGACAGCCACACUGCAGCAACUGAACCGUGUGUUUGAGCUGUACCUGGGGCCAUGGGGCCCUGGGCAGACUGGCUUUGUGGCUCUUCCCUCCCACCCUGCCGACUCACCCAUCAUCCUUCAGCUUCAGUUCCUUUUCGACGUGCUGCAGAAAACACUUUCACUCAAGCUGGUUCAUAUCCCCGGUCCUGGUUUUCCAGGGCCCAUCAAGAUUUUUCCCUUCAAGUCCCUUCGGCAGCUGGAGCUCCGAGGUGUCCCCCUCCACUGCUUGCAUGGCCUCCGUGGCAUCUACUCCCAGCUGGAGACUCUGGUUUGUUGCAGGAGCAUCCAGAAACUAGAAGAACUCCUGUCAGCCUGUGGUGGUGACCUGUGCUCUGCCCUCCCUUGGCUGGCCUUGCUUUCUGCUGACUUCAGCUACAAUGGGCUGACCACCUUAGAUAGCUCCCUGCAUCUGUUGUCAGCGCUUCGCUCUCUGAACUUGAGCCACAAUCGAGUCCAGGACUGCAAAGGCUUCCUGAUGGACUUGUCUGAGCUGUACCAUUUGGACAUCUCCUAUAAUCACCUGAACUUGGUGCCAAGAAUGGGACCUUCAGGGGCUACUCUGGGGACCUUGAUAUUGCGAGGCAAUGAGCUCCGGAGCCUGCAAGGCCUGGAGCAGCUGAGGAAUUUGAGGCACUUGGAUGUUGCUUAUAACCUGCUAGAAGGACACCGGGAACUGUCGCCACUGUGGCUGCUGGUAGAGCUCCGCAAACUCUAUCUGGAAGGUAACCCUUUGUGGUUUCACCCUGCGCACCGUGUGGCCACUGUCCAGUACUUGUCACCCCGGGCCAGGGGUGCUUCCCAUGGUUUCCUGCUCGAUGGCAAGGUCUUGUCACCUAAGGAUCUUCAGAUUCCAGAAUCCUCAGGACUUGGUCCCAUGGCCCCACCUCUAUCUUGGCCAGUAGGCAGUACCACUGAAACCUCAGGUGGCCCAGAGCUGAGUGACAGCCUCUCCUCAGGGGGCAUUGUGGCCCAGGCCCCACUUCGUAAGGUUAAGAGCCGAGUCCGUGUGCGGCGGGCAAGCAUCUCUGAGCCCAGUGACACAGAUCCAGAGCCACGAACCCUGGAUCCUUCCCCAGCUGGGUGGUUUGUGCAGCAACAUCGGGAGCUUGAACUUCUGAACAGCUUCCGGGAGCGAUUUGGCUGUGACUGGCUGCAGUACAGGAGCCACCUGGAGCCCGCAGGGAGCCCCCCUCUGGCCACCACCACGACUUCUGUCCUUAGCACCCUUCCUCUGGAUGCUCCAGACCUGGAGACUACACCCAGCCCUCUGGCACCAGAGGAAGCUGAAGGUCCCGAGAAAUCACCACUGAAAGCAUCAGAGGAGAGCCUGGUGGAAUUGGAGCCUCAGGAAGAGGAAGAGCGGGAGGAGCAGGAUGAAGAGGAGGGACGUAGGGAGGGCCACGAGGAGGAAGAGGAGCAGGGACAGGAGGAAGUAGAAGCAGCAGAGCUCUGCCGUCCCAUGUUGGUGUGUCCCCUGCAUGGACUUGAUGGUGCGCGGGGCAAGGAAUGCUUUCUCCGAGUCACUUCUGCUCACUUGUUGGAGGUGGAACUCCAAGCAGCUCGAACCCUGGAGCGGCUGGAACUGCAGAGUCUGGUGGCAGCUGAGCUACAACCAGAGACCCAAACCGAGAGAGAGCCAGUGCUUGAGGGCCCAGAUCGGCUCCUAGAGGACCCUGUCCUGGUGCUGCGCUUCUCCUACAUUUGUCCCGACCGGCAGUUGCGUCGCUACGUGGUACUAGAGCCUGAUGCCCAUGCAGCCAUCCAGGAGCUACUUGCUGUAUUGACUCCAUUCACCACUGUGGAACAGCAGCAGCUUGGGGAGGCCAGGGACCCACAGGGGAGCACUUUCCAAUGUCUCCGUUGUGGCUGUGAGUUCAAACCAGAGGAGCUCAGGUUGGGAUUGGACAGUGAGGAAGAUUGGAAGCCUCUAUCCCAAAAGACAGAACCUCUUGCUGUAUGUCCAAACUGUGGGAGUGACCAUGUGGUUCUCCUUGCUGUGUCUGGGCAGACGCAGGAAGAGAAAUCACCCACUCCUUCCCAGUCCCCCAGCUCUGUCUGUGACCUUGCUGGCCACAGUGACCAUCUCAGCAGGCCUGACAGCUUUGCACCUCAGGCACCUACCUCUCAUGGCUGUAGCAGCUGGGGCCUCAGCCCACCCCUGGGGCACGGUGACCUUCGCUCAGUGGAUCACCGGCUCCGGCUCUUCCUGGACGUUGAGGUGUUCAGUGACUCCCAGGAGGAAUUCCAGUGCUGUAUCAAGGUGCCAGUGGUAUUGGCAGGCCACAUGGGGGAGUUUUUGUGUCUUGUGGUUGUGUCUGACCACAAGCUUUACUUGUUGAAGGUGACUGGGCCCAUAUGCGGACCUCCAGCCAGCUGGCUCCAGCUGGCCGUGGCCAUUCCCCUGAAGGAGCUCAGCGGCAUGGAGCUGGGUCUGGCAUGCCAGAGCCUGCGGCUGAAGUGGGCAGCUGAUGCUGAGAGCUGUGUAUUGAUGCCUAGAGAUGCCAGACCUUGCCGGGCCUUCAUUGAAGAGCUCAUUGGUGUUUUGCAAUCUCUGCCUCCCACCCAGAGGAACUGCGUCAAGACCACAGAGGAGGAGGUGACCCCCCAGCACCGGCUGUGGCCUUUGCUGGGAAAAGACGCUUGCUUGGAGGCUCCCCGGUUCUUCUACCUUCUGGCAUUCCUGGUUGAAGGGUCCUCUGCCUGCUCUGUGUCCCUGCUGCUGACGACAUCCACUCUCUACCUGCUAGAUGAGGACCCUGUAGGCUCUUGCUCAGAGAUCUCCUUUCCAGAAGCAUCUGGGGAAGACUCUGGGCAGGCCCCUUCCCUGGGGCCAGGCCCUACCGUGCGGGUCAGAGAGCAGCAGCCGCUCAGCAGUCUGAGCUCGGUGCUGCUCUAUCGCAUGAGCCCCUUGGACUUACGACUGCUCUUCUAUGAUGAGGUUUCUCGUCUGGAGACUUUCUGGGCACUUCGUGUCGUGUGUGGAGAGCAGCUGACAGCCCUGCUGGCCUGGAUCCGGGAGCCCUGGGAAGAGUUAUUCUCCAUUGCACUCCGGACUGUGACCCAGGAGGCUUUGGACCUUGACCGAUGAGGUUGCUAAGCUGAGCCUUCCCUGACUCAUACUCCAGAGGUUCCUUCCUUCUCCUGGUCUCUCAGCCUCUCUUCCAGCCUGGCUGUUGACUUCUCUAGCUUUGGGCACUGGUGUGAGCGUCUAGUGACUCCCAACCUAAGGAAAGAAUAAGAGAAAUGGUCUGGUCCUUGGGCGAGCUGUCUAGAGUAACAGGCUAAGUGGUCAGUGAAAAUGUUUCUCCAGGCAUGGAGAGAUGGCUCAGUGGUUAAAGGCACUUGCUUGCAAAGUCUGCUGGCCAGGUUCAAUUUCCCAGCUGCUCAUAGGCUAUACUUGUGUGCAGUGGCAAGAGACCCUGUCUCAAGGAAGGCGGAACAUAACUCCCUCUGCAAGUCCAGACGACAACUUUGACCUCCACUCAUGCUAUGGCAUGCAUGCACGCACCCAUACACACGCGCGUGCACACACACACACAGGAGAGAGAGAUAAAAAGUAAAAAAGGAAAUGUUUCUCUAGCACUUUUUCUCAAGUAUCCAUGAAGUCAUGACCAUGCCAUAUGUCAUGGGUUGUAUGUACACAGAAGUGUCACUUGGCCAGGUGUGGUGGUGCAUGCCUUUAAUCCCAGCACUCUGGAGGCAGAGGUAGGAGGAUUGCUAUGAGUUCGAGGCCACCCUGAGACGACAUAGGGAAU